AUGCCCGACAUUCCAGUUGGCUCCCAGAUAUUCGAUGUCGUCUUCCACCCUAACGAAUCCAUCGUGUACACCGGUCUUCUGACGGGCGAAGUAAAAGCCUUCAGCUAUGACGACCAAGGCCAGUACUCGUUGGUGUCUGCGCUCAAGCCGUCCAAGCGCUCGUGUAGGGGCUUGACCAUCAGUGCAGACGGGAGUACGCUUUGGGCAGUGGGCAAGGGGAAGGGCUUGCACACUAUAGACACAGCGACAGGAAAGGUUGCGGAUACCCGUGCAGGAGCGCAUGACGCACCCAUCAACCGGGUAAAUCGCCUUCUGCCCAAUCUUCUUUCGACCGGAGACGACGACGGCGUGAUCAAGCUGUGGGACCCUCGAAAGCCUGAUGCAAUACGGUCGUACACCCAACAUUUCGACUUCAUCUCGGACUUCUUGUGGUUGGAAGACAAGAAACAGCUCGUUGCGACGAGCGGGGAUGGCACGCUUUCCGUGAUGGACGUCAGAUCAAAAAAUACCGAGCCUUUCGCGCACAGCGAAGACCAGGAGGACGAGCUGCUGUCAAUCGUGCCUAUUAAAGGAGGAACCAAAGUGGUCGUUGGUACUCAACUCGGCAUCCUUUCCAUAUUCAAUCGCAAAAAGGGUUGGGGUGAUUGUGUUGACCGUGUACCAGGGCAUCCGCAUUCAAUUGACGCGCUCUGCGCCCUUCCCUCUACGUACCCUUCGUCGCACAGCACGAUCCUCACAGGCUCAUCGGACGGUCUAUUGCGUGCGGUGCAGUUGCUGCCGACAAAAGUGAUUGGCGUAGUCGCCGACCACGGCGACUUCCCGAUCGAGCGCAUUGCGAUAGAUCGUGGAGGCGAGGGUCGGUGGGUCGGGAGUGUAGGGCAUGACGAGAUGUUGAGGUUGACAGAUUUGAAGGACGUGUUCGAGGACGAAGAUGCAGACGAGGACACAGUAGAUCCGGAUGAGAACAAGGAUUCGAGCGAAGAGGACCAGGGAGAAGGCACGGACGAGGACGAUGACAAGAAAGUAGGGAAGGGUGCAUUUAAAAGAGUGAGAGAAGACAGCGAGGGCGAGAAGCAAGAUAAGGAGGGCGAGGAUGAGGAUGGAGAAGCUUCUGCAUCUGAUGAGGCGGAGGCAGAGGAUUCGGACGUAGAUCAACAGAGGAAAAAGAAGCGGAAAAAGGAGGACAUCUUCGGUGGAAGGCAAAAGAAGAAAGGCAAAAACGAGGUCGAUGCUGAUCCAUCUUUCUUCUCUGAGUUGCAAUAAGUAUAUAUCGCCAUGUCAUUUUCAUUAUGCUCUAACAACACAGGAACAUCUUGCGUUAU